CGAUGAGACCAGUCACAUUGCCAACGAUGACCAUUUAACAAAGAGAGUAUGUAUACAAGGUGAGCCCAAAAUACCAGAGAAAUCUGUCAAUCAUGUUGUACCGUCUCCGAUGACUGAUGAUGUUAACGACCCAGAUGUACAGAGUGAUGAAAAGGAAAUGAUUGGCCUUGAAGAUGAGGAAUCACAUUAUGACAUGGAUGAUGAUGAGGAUGCAAUGGUUGACAAAGUUGAAACACAUUUAGACAAUGCAAAGGGUACGAUAAAAAGGACUGGAAAUAGCAACCCUGGUGGAAUGAGGAGAAAUAUAGAACGGGGUAUACAGGCAGUCAAAAGGGUCUUUAAACCAGAUAUGGGAAGAUUGCAACCACACAGGGGACAAAGAAUGAGACAAGGACACAGACACCAUGAG